ACAAAAUUCAACUAAAAGACAAAUAUUACUUAAUAUGAAGGGUUAUCGUGAAGAUUAAUCAUCUCCAGUGAUGCGGGUAAUAUUUUUGUUUACCUAAUGCUCAACUUAUCAGCACUACUAAGCCAUAACCCAGAUAAGACCGAACCUCGGCUUCGUUUUCACCGGCUUGCUCUAAAUUAUUUCCAAAUUCCAAAACACAUGAUACUUACACAAUGGCCAAAACAGUUGCUGUGGUCGGCUCCUGUAUGAUCGAUUUCAUAACAUAUACAAGUCGCUUACCACAGCCUGGAGAAACAAUCGUAGGUACCAAGUACCAACAGGGUUUUGGCGGCAAGGGUGCAAAUCAGUGUGUCAGUGCAGCCAGACUCGGUGCAUCAACGGUAUUUGUUACGUCGUUGGGCUCCGAUUCGUUAGGAAAGGAUUACAUAGAAAAUUUACAGGCACAAAACAUUGACGCAACGCACGCGAAAAUCAAGGGUGCAGACAUUCACUCUGGCAUUGCACAAAUUAUUGUCACUGACUCAGGUGAAAAUUCGAUUGUUAUCGUUCAAGGUGCCAAUGCACUGUUAUCCUCACAAGAUGUGGAAGAGGCAAAGGAUAAAAUUGCAUCAGCUUCAGUUCUUCUGUGUCAAUUUGAAACGCCACUGGAUUCUACUCUAAAGGCUUUAAAAAUUUUCAAAGAGCACGGUCAAGGAACGUCGAUUGUUAAUGGAGCACCAGCUGUAAAAAACGUUGAUCCGGACGUUCUAAAGUUGGCUGAUAUAUUUUGCGUUAAUGAAACGGAGGCAGAAGUUAUGACGGAUGUAAGGAACUUGACUUUGUCUAAUGCACAAGAUGCUGUUGAUAAAUUGAUUGCUCUCGGUUGUAACACAGUUUUGAUAACGUUUGGUGCUCAAGGAGCAGUGGUUGCUUCUAAAAAUAAAAAAAAUGCUGUACACAUACCAACGAUUACUGUAAAGGCUGUAGAUACUACUGGUGCUGGAGAUGCCUUUUUGGGAGCUCUUGCAUAUUUCUUGGCCUAUUAUUCCCAUCUGCCUUUGGAGGAAUGUAUCAGGAGGUCAAAUAGAAUUGCUGCACAAAGUGUCUUAAGAGCGGGAACUCAAACAAGUUUUCCAUAUAAAAAAGAUUUGCCUUUAGAAUUAUUCUAAAAGAUUAAUUUUUAAAGUAACAAAAGUUGUA